AUGGAGGCUAUUGAAGUUGAUGACAUUAGCCCUGCCUUGGAAGUAACUGAAGACUUUUUCAAUAGUUUUGAUACCAAGCUUGAAAAGAUUGUGCAGCCUUCUGAGGUGUACAGUGUACAGGAGGUCCCUGAACUGGUUGGGCACGAGGUAUUUGAUCAGAUAACAGAGAGCAGGAAUCUGAGGAAUGUCGCCUCCUUAGCCAAAAGUAGCCUCAUCUGGGAUCACUGCAAAAAUGGCCUCUUGGAAACCAAAGCUCAGACAGCAUUCCCUGACAAAGACCAAUGCGUGGUGCAGAGGGGAAAAGCUGCUGACAACCUUGCUUGGGCAGGGGAAGGGGAGACCACAGCUUUUAACAUCUUUAAUAUCUGCCAGCGGAGGAGAGACAGGCCUCGCUCGGUGAACGACAUCCUGGUGCAGAAUGAGGAAGCCUCAACAUUCAAGCCAGGACACAACAGGUCACGCUCUGAUAUCAGCCAUGUAAAGUGGGGAGUGGUCUUCACGGGCACCUCCUUGCAGCAGCCACCUGCUUCUGGUCAGGACAAUAACUGCACUCUGCUCUCUUACCUGGCAUUAACCAAGGGAGAGGACAUCCAAGGAAACACAGAACACAAGCCAAUGUUCCCAAACAUUCUGAAGAAGGGAUACUUAGAAAUUAGCAGAGACAAUGACAGCUACUGGCAAACCUGUUAUGCUGAGCUCUCCCCAUACAAACUGUACCUGUAUUGCUUGGACAGCAGUGGCAACCAGACUCUUCCCACCAUGUAUCCACUCAUGCAUUUUCAAAGGGUCACUGUUACUGGCUGCAUUGAAACCAAGGUGGUGGACACUGUCCUGUCAGACAACUCGCAGCUACAGCUGAAGGCGGAGUCCUCAUGGGAGGCUUUAGAUUGGGGACAGAAGCUCUGGGAAGCGGUACGUGCUUCUGUGCCUGCUUUUACAAGACAGCAGGAGAAAAUGGAGAAUGUACCAAAGCCCGAAAAUAACAGUGACCUUUCUCAAACCAACGGAUUGUUAGAGAAGCCCAUGGAGCUCUUCCUAUCCAUGAAUUUGACUGAAAACACUAAAGAGUACCAAAAUAUUCUCAAAUCAGGGACUCUUUAUAGGUUAACUGUCCAGAAUAACUGGAAGGCAUUUACUUUUGUCUUGAACAGGUCUUAUCUCAUGGCAUUCCGACCGGGCAUGCUUGAUGAAGAUCCUCUGCUGAGCUACAAUGUUGAUGCGUGCCUGUCAGUCCAGACAGAUACUCAGGAUGGCUGUGACUCUUGCUUUCAGGUCAUUUUUCCUCAAGAUGUCCUCCGCCUGCGUGCAGAGACCUGUCAGAGGGCCCAGGAGUGGAUGGAGGCACUGAGAGCAGCAGCCAAUGCUACUAGAAGUUUGACUCAGAACCCACAGGUCACACUUAGGAACAAACCUGGAGAUCGGCCAUUUGGAAAUGAUCUUAGAAAGAGCAAGCGCCAAUCUGUGACUACCAGCUUCCUGAGCAUCCUGACCACACUUUCUCUAGAGAGAGGGCUCACAGUUCAGAGCUUCAAGUGUGCAG